GUGGGCACCGAGUCUCCGCCCACACAGACACCACACGCACACGCUUGUCGUCAAGACAUGACGCGAGAAACACAACAUUGAGAGAUAUGUCUUGAUUUGUAAUGAAUCUAAGUAGUGACCCGGACCGCUCUGGUCAGCCAGAGUGUUCGUCUCGCCAUGGUGGCGGACAUAAAGCCACGUCAGGCGUCCAUUUCACCGUCUCCGUGGUUCUUCCAGCCGGGGGAACCGGGGAGAGAACCGGGCUCGUGACACCGAAACAGUUCUACAUGUUUCUUAACAGACCACUCAUAAGCUACACCAUUCAAGCCUUUGAAAGGCUGUCAUGGAUCCAACACAUUGUGGUGGUAGUUGCAGAAGAAAGCAUCGCGCUGAUGAGAGACAUCGUCCAGCGCUUUAAGCACACAAAGGUCCGUGUCGUGUCUGGCGGUGCCACCCGGCACAGGUCCAUAUUCAACGGCGUGCAGGCCCUCGACCCGGGCGAGAGCGCUGCAACGCCAGACGUGGUCAUCAUCCAUGAUGCCGUGCGGCCCUUUGUGGAGGAGGACUUCCUGUUGGAGAUUGCCAUGGCUGCAAAGGAGAACGGGGCAUCGGGGGCCAUCCGUCCCCUGGUUUCCACGGUGAUUGCCACCACCUCUGAGGGCUACCUGGACCACUCUCUGGAGAGGGGGAAGUACCGGGCUAGUGAGAUGCCACAGGGGUUCCUCUACUGUGUCAUCCAUCAGGCCUAUCAAAAGUGCAGCGAGUUCGACUUUGACUUUGGAACCGAGUGUCUCCACCUGGCCUUACAGCACACCGGCACCAGAGCCAAGCUCAUCGAGGGCCCGCCAACGCUGUGGAAGGUGACCUACAAGAGAGACCUGGCUGCGGCCGAGUCCAUCAUCAAAGAGACUUUAUGCAGGUCGGCCUGCGUAACCUCCGAUGGCUCCAAGAGGGCCAGGGAGCUGGGGCGGUGUCUACAGAACCUCAUGGCUUCUUUAGACAUGGAGCUGGACGUGCUCCCAGAACCGAUUGGGGAUGCCAGCCGUCUGUCAAAAGAAUGGAACUUCAUCAAACUUUUUGUGAAUGGUUCCGGUCUUUCUGAAGUAGAGGAAACGGUCAAAGCACUGGAGGCUGCCAACCGAGCACUGCUCCACCCUGUUGUUGUUGUUUGGGUGCGUUUGGAUACUUCAGAUGGCAUGUCCGUCAGUGAGACUGGGGCGGGGCAUCUGCCAUUGAUGGAACUUGCAUCAGCUGCCAAGCUCAAGAAUAUUCUACUCUACGGCAUCCUUUUUCUUCUCUCUGAGCACCGGCUCCCUGGCCCCAUCAGCAGACGCUUGUUUGUCCUUCAAUAACUCUUCAUCUCCUGCGAUCCAACUCUAAACGUGUGGAUUAGUGACAUGGGGGUCCGGCCUCAGUCGUACAUCAGAUGUCUCCAUCCAGACAGAAGCCGGGGCCCCGGGGCCCCCUCCGUGGUGAUGUAUCUGCAGAGUGUUAAGGUCAGAGCUUCGGGGAGAGGCCCGAGCGGCCCGACAUGUGCAGCGUAUCAGGCCCUCUCCCAAGCUCGCCCUCUCCCAAGCUCGCUCUCUCCCAAGCUCGCUCUCUCCCAAGCGUGCCAGAUGUUUGUCGGUAUGUGUGAAACUCAACCGCUGGAGUUUGGCUAGAGAAAUUAGACAUACCAAAGUGAUGUUUACCCAGCUUUGAUAUCUUAGAUUAAAAAGAACCAGAGGACUCGAUGAUGUUAUGAAGAGAGAGCUCUUACAAACAGGAUAUGUGUACUUUUUAAAAAGAAGGCACUUUGCAAUUGGUUUGUAAACAGUCAAUCAGCCAUUAAGAAACCAGUCCAGAAAGGCAUUCUUGUGUGUGUUUAUUUUACCCUACUGCUUGGUGCUGAGCGGCAUGUGACCACCCACCUUAGAGCUGGUUUCAGUUUGCGGGGCUUCAAUUAUGUUGUGGGGAAAGGAGCUCAACGUGGAUGAAAUGUGUGGUGUUGGAGCCCGGAGUUAACCUUUAGUCAGCUUUGCCUGUUGGUGUGUUUGCACAGGGACCUCUGCUUGGGAUUUCUUGUUAAGUGUAUUUAAGGUUGGUGGGAAAAUUGGCACGGAGAGGGUAGACACACACACACACACACACACACACACACACACACACACACACACACACACACACACACACACACACACACACACACACACACACACACACACACACACACACACCAGUGUGAGAA